GACGUGAAAUGUCGGUUGGGCGACUCACUUUUAUGGCAAUGCCCAUCUUCAUCAUGGGGCCAGCACAACUGCAAACAUGAGGAGGACGUUGGAAUCAUUUGUUCAGAAACAUGGCCAUCAAAACCGCUAAUUGGGAAGGUCAAGAAGGAGAGGAUAAUCAACCCAUUUCCAAAAGCCACCGACCUGCGGCUCGUGGCGGGAUUCAAUAAUUGCUCUGGAAGAAUUGAAGUUUCCUUCAGUGGGACGUGGGGAACGGUCUGUGACGAUUCAUGGGACAGAAACGAUGCUGCUGUCGUCUGUCGCCAACAAAACUGUGGGGAUCCAGUCCUGGCUUCCGGGGGGAUACUAUUCCCUCUUGGGAACGGCACUAUUUGGAUGGACAAGGUCAAAUGCAAAGGGAGUGAGAAUUUUCUGUGGGAUUGCCAAUUCUCUACAUUGCAACGUCAUGACUGUGGGCAGAAAGAAACCGUCAGUGUGAUAUGUUCUGAUCACCAGCCACAUUCUCCUACUUUUAGUAAUCUGAGAGCCUUCAUUUACGCCACCCCUUUCAUUCCUGGUUCUCUUCUCGUAAUCGUUUCUCUCUACCUGAUCAAACUCCAACGAAGACAGUUCCAGAAUGGCGAUAAGAAAUCGCGGCCUUCUACACACAAAUUUGCUGAGCCGUUUUAUGAGGAGAUCGCCAUUCAGGAGACUGGGCCUGGAGUCGGAGAUGCGCAAUCGAUCAGCUCAGCAGAUAAAUUAGAAUAUUAUCUGGACGGUGAUUUGCAUGGCGACCAAAACGAAGACAUGGAAGAAUCCCCUUUGCCGCUUGAUGAAAAUUUCGGAGAAGAAUAUAACGAUAUUGAAUAAGGUGUUUGAAGAAAUGCGAGUUACAGUCAUUAAGAUUAAACAUUUUAUGGUCUGUUGCAACCACCGUGUAAUUUCCCCGCAUGUUUUGUAAUUCAUUGAAUGUAAAAUUGUAAAUGGUAUUCAAUCCCGUCGUGAUUUGAAGUGAGAUCCUUCCGGAAGUGGAAAACAAAGCAAAACUUC